AUGUCUAUUUUUCGUCAAUACCGUCGGCGCAGCAGCAGCACUGACACACCCUCCCUGCGCGAUCACCUCAAGCAGUUGAUACGCGCAUCUCGUGCCGACAUCCUCGGGUACAACACCACCCUCCGGAGGGGCAACCACGUCCGCCGCAUAGAUAACCCCCUCCGCGCUCGAUUCCGCCACGAGGGACAAGCCAAAACCAAUACCAAUCUUCUUCUUCAUCGUGCUCCCCUUCUCCUGCACCAACGGCGCAGGAUCAUACUGCGCCGCCACGUGAACAUCGCUCACCAGCUGGUUGAGAACUCCCCUAGCAGAAGUGAUCAUGCGAUUGUUGUGCGACGCCGACACACCCGUGCAGUACGCCACUCCUCUGAUCCUCCUGAUCCUUCCCGGUUUGCGAUUCAGGUGAAGGGUUUUGGGAAGACGGACUUGGCUGGCGAAGCGAAGCUCGACUACACCGCCGCCUCCCUUCCCUCCUGGCCCUGGGCAGGAACGGGAGAGGACUCGGAGCUCGAUACGCGCGGGGGGGAUGCCGAAUAG